ACAGGGAAGUUUCUUCUGUAGACUGUCUUAAGAUGCUUCGACUUGUACUUCUGUCAUGUUUAUGUGUGUCCAUCUGGGGUCAGCGAAAUGCGUACCAGUAUCUGUAUCCCCCCACUACCACCACUCAACCUCCUCGAAUCUACCACCCACCGGCCCUCGUCCACAAAGUAGAAAUUGGAUCUGGGUUGGACGGCAUCUAUGACUUCACCUACGACACCGGCCGAGGUCCACUCGGUCAGAGCUACCGGACAGAGACCCGACUUCCCGACGGUACGGUGAAAGGUUCUUACGGUUAUCUGGAUGCGGAUGGCAAGCUGAGGAUUGUAAAAUACAUCGCCGGUCGAGGGGGUUUUGUCGCCCAGGGAGAUGUGGGUCCCGAGGGCGCACCACGAGGCACAGCACCGGGCCCUGCACCUGUUCCGGAACAAGAGCCUCCUCGAUACUACUCCCAGCAAACUUCUGUUCCACAGACGCAGAGUCGCCCACAGGUAGCUCCACCACAAACGUACGUCUUGCCCCCUGAAGAAGAGGAGGACCUCGGUCCUCCCUUCAUAGACACUUCUCUUCUCUCCUAUGACAUCGGUGCUAAACAGAAGAGAUAGAAGACCUUCACAGAGGUCAACGUGUU